CUGAUUAGUACGUGGACGGGAUAGCUGGUGUCAACAACCCGACCAAUCGAAACUCUAUCGUGGACUUCUUUCCCAAGUAAAGUCAGGAACAGUCCCUCAAUUGGACAAGGCGGUGCGAAGGGAUAAACAAAAGAAUUGUCAAGCAUCAGCCCUGGCAAUCUCCUGACAGUUCAGGGGUAUCGUACCAGUACCUCCAUAAGCUGGGUACCGGUAGCAACCAAAGAGGGUGGAGCUGAGCUGUGGAAAGAAAGAUCCAUCAAUAUCGGUACAAACACAACACACAGCACACUUCACACAUCACAAUACACCAUACAAGCAAACAUUCGAGGCAGCACUGUUGAGGGCAGUUGAUGGUUCCACCUAAAAAAGCACAGAAUGGAGCCAGCAUUGGAUGUUAUCGGUCGAGCCCUUCAGGGAGAUCCGGGUUCCAAUUCGUUUCUGGACAGAACUUCGUCCAUCUACGUGCUCGACGCCACGGACCCUUCGAAACCAAAGACAUAUGGCUGUUGGAACUUCAUCCAUCAAGCUAUGAAUGAGGUCGAACGGUACGAGGCCAACUAUGCCAGAAGCCAUCAGAUUCAUGCUCUACAGAAUGGAGCUGGCCUCAGCAGCCACGUCAAGCUUUUGGCUACCAUGGCGCUCAGAGUUUCCCGCAGAGCCCCCGAUGUGGACAGAAGUUUGGUGUCUACUUGCGUGGUUAAUGCGGGCUCGCAAUUCAAUGGAACACCGGAGCAAUCUCAGUGGUUGAUUGACCUGAAUCUUGAACUAAGGGAGAUUGUCAUGGGACGAAUUGCCGCCAUGGCUUUUGAUUUUAGCUUCCACAGACGAGACGGACCCCAUGGACACUCAGCAUUUGCUGAUCCAACUGUCAUGGAACUCUUCUGUGCUGUCCUGGCUUCCAACGCUGUAUCAAGCGGACCCCUGGCAGUUCAUCAUUUUGUCACGGAGUGGAUUGUACCCUCUACCAAAACAUUGCCCCCUUUUGCUGUGGCUUGUGUGACACUGCAUCUAGCCUUGGGGGCUCUGCGCAAAGCAGCACCUGCUGGAACCAAAGACAUGAUGCAACAACUAUCAGCUUCCAUUGUAGCUGCGGUUCUGGCACCCGUGUUACUAGAUGCAGUAGCUGAAGAAUCCUCUGCGAAUGCAGCUGGUGGGAGUGCCAUGAAGGAAUCACAGCACGAUAAGAACAACCAAGUUGCAGCCAUAUGUGUCAGAGCAUUGGAACGAUGGUGUGCUGCAACGGACCUCAGCCUCGCCCAGAUCAAGCACAUUUGUAGCAAAGUGGAGGUAAACUUCAUUGAAGUCAUCAAUGAUGCCAUGUACUCUGAUUCGAAACAUGUGGUGGAGGCGUUAGCAGAAUUCAUUGAGGCCUGUCUUUCUGACAAUCAAGAUACACCCACAGUCUUGGAGGAGCGAAUGACACAGGUUCGCUAUCUCCUGCAGGUUGAUGAACAUGCCUUUCAAUCCAACUUCAGCGCAGAGCAACUGAACCUGAUCGAGUCCAAGGAAAUGAGUUCCAUCGUGGAUGAACUCGUCUCAGCGAUAGGACUGCAGCGGUUCCGCUUUACAGAACGACAAAACAAUGGGGAUCAUGAUGUGUGUCGCAGUUUGGUCAGGAUUGCGUCUUCCCUGGGCUCAGCUGCAAUGAAGUUUUCGGCUGAUCACGGCCAUCCUUUGAAGAAUGAACCCGGUUUGGUCGAUCUGAUGAUGAAAGGUGCCGCUCAUCCGUCUGUCAACAUCAGUGCUAUCGCUCUGGCAGUGCUUGCGGAUGUCGUUCGGUUGGAGAAUUCCCUCGGACCCCAGCUGUUACCUUUACUACAGAGACGCGCAAUCAUUCCUCACCAUGUGGUUUCAGGUGCACCUUACUUGGCAGCGUCAGACAUAUGUGGGGUCAACUUUCAGGAGUUUCAGAUCUUUCGAGACACAGUUUUGACGUCAGCACUCCGUGCUUGCUACGAGGGCAACAGUGCAAAUUACAUGGACUCUUGCACUUCUGCCGUCGAGGAGUUCUGUUCCGAAACGGCAUCUAGCCAAGUUUCGCUACACCUUGAAGCAGCUCUCUUCUGUCUUGCGGCAGUUGCUGAUCUUGCAAUGGACACCGUAGAGAAUCAAUCCUUUCCGCAUCCUUCCCAAAUGGAACGUUGCACAUCGGCAUUGGCCGCAAAGCCGGCCAGCAUGAUGGCCAAUCCAUUGACGUUGUCUCAAAUGUGCCGCUUCUUGAGAAAUUAUACAAGAUGGUACGGGGAAAGCCAGGUACAAGGAGUCCUAGACGUAGCGACGGAUCUCGCGCUCUCUACAUUCAACCUGUGUGCCGCUUCUUACCCUGGCGGUGAACCUAGUCGAGUAAUGAUGCAGGAGAGCAAUAUAUCUCCAGGGAAAGAUGCCGCCUUAACACUCCAAGAGAUCUUGUGUCAACACCCGAAGUACUUUGUGUCGAAUUCGGCUAUAACGGCGUUGGGCGCUGGUUGGGAAGCAUCCUAUGCAGCGUGCAACCGUCCUGAUGCAAUCACAAUUGAAGAUCGUCGAGCUCUCUGCAUUGCCAUUUGCCACGUCCUUGCGGCUCUCCCAGACAAUCAAAGGGUUCGCUCGUUUCAUGCACUAGCAUUGCCGGCGCUGGACUGUUUUGAGAAAAUGACCGCAAUAGCCAACAACACAACUGGAGCAGACAAACAGCAGGAAGAGUUGAAUGGAGUGCUUCGCCGAGUUGCAGACGAAAUUGUGAUCUUCACUGUCAUGGCCAGAACAUUCACGAACGCAUGCUUUGCAAACGAUUCAGGGAUGGAAGAUGCGCACAACAGUGCACCAGAGAAACGCGUCGCCAUUCCUGUGCCUCUGCUAGUCAUCAUCCGAAAAGCGUGGCCAUCCAUUGUUCACGUGGCUGCAAUGUACAGCAAUAAUGAAAGAGUUGCAAAGGCCUUGGGUAGAUUCUUGGUGGAGUUUUUACCGCCAGAGUGCAACAGCAAAGGGAGUACUUCACUGCUGAAAGAACUGUGUUCAGUAGCUCUUUCGAUGCUGAAGAAAAAGGGGGCUGGGAGCCAGGUGAAGUUUCAACCGGUUUUUGGUUUUCUCACUGAAAUCGUGACUGUUCAUGGGGAGACAGCCGAAAAGAAAACCUCCGAAAAAGUGAACGGCCUCAGUACACCAGAGAGCAACGAGAACGUCACUGCUAUCCAGACGGAUCUACUGCUUGCAGCCGUCGAUGAGCUGCAGUCUUCUUUUGCUGCGCCAUCCAUAGGAAACGCCAAGGAGCAGGGUCAGGGCCAGCCGCCAUUUGAAAGCAAAACAUUACCGGUUCCAAAGGGGAACAUUCAUCCCGGCGAUGAGUUUUGCGCCAUGCUGGGUCUAUUCAAGACUUGUUUGGAACGGUGCCCCUCCUACUUUUUCCACUUGCCAUGUGCGCCCGGACUGGUGGGGCGCGAAGACAUGCUCAGCCGGAAGGCAACUGAUUUGGCUGUUGGAUUUCUCAAUGAAGCGGACGUAGCAACGGCUGAACACGCAAUGCAAUUUUUGGAAGCAAUGAUCAAGCUUACGCAGUCACCAAAUGAUAACAUCAAGGAACUUUCAAAAGAAACAGUCUUGACUGUCAGUCCCAGCAUGAUAUCCAUGCUUUUGCUGGGCUCGUGUGGCAAAUUGAGCUUUGCGGUGUUGGGAGACGCUGCCCACCUGAUAUGUUCCGUAUUGACAGUGUUGCCCCCUACCGAGGAUGUCCAGUCCAGUGCAAUCAACGCGCUCAAGCAUGAGCAGUUUCGGCUGGGCGACGAUGCCAGACAUGUUAUUUUUACCGCACUGGAAGGAGUCGUUAGAAAGGAGGUCACAGUUGAGAAUCUAGCGAGUCUUUUGGAACAGAAUUGGGAGCUGCAUCAGCUAAAUGAAGUCGAAAGUCUGGAGGCAAGUGACGUGGUUGUACGGUUUGUCAAACGGUUCAAACGCUGACAAUCAAUGAAUCAGAUCCAGCAAAGCAGGCUCUUGCCAUGUCAUUAUUUGCCACAACAGGCGCUUUUGUUCCCUAUAGCUUGUAAAUAUGGAUAAUGUUGUGUAGUAGCUACCAGCUAGCUAGACGAGAAUGUUGCCUGCGAUAUCUUGCCAGCUACAACAAGACCACACGUUGGAACGAACACCGAAGGCCAAGACAUAUGAUACUGGUUCAUUCUGAUGCUUGUUCAUCAGAGCAUCCGGUACGGCAAGUCUAGUUAGCACUGCGGUAGCUGAAUACUCGGGCCCAUUCAAGGCGUCGUCGCUUCUCUUCUGGCAGUGGUAAGAGAAAUUCUUGGCCAACGUCCAAAGGAGGCAAUGGAAUACCACUGGCCUUGAGCGCAUUCUCCAAUUUGGCCACUCGAGCCUGAAGCCAGCUGCGCCUCUCUGCGAGCCAACUGUUUUUGAAGAUGGUCAGUUUUAUAUCGGGGGUUCUUUUGUUGAUUGAUGGCAUCCAGGGCAGCCUGGGCAAACUUGCCAGCAUCCAUUACCCCCGCACUGAACAGGUACUGCAAGCAGGCUGGUUGGUUGCGAAAGGCCGCCAACGCAACCACCCAUUUGUGAAAGCGAUCAUCACUAUCCUCUGCAUUGCUGGCUGGGGACGCAAGCAUUGCUUUGACUCGAUUUAUGCCAAGAUGGCAAAUGAUUGCAUCUUCAGUCCUUAUCAAAAGUGAAGAAAUUCGAUUUUCGAUCAGAAUCCAAACAAUAGAGUUGACGAAAACUUGCCACCUUGAUUUUGUCGUGGCAAGUGAUUGCACCAACUACCAAAUUCCACUCUCCCGAGUCAAUGGAUUCAACUCUUGCCAUGCACAGAGACUCCAAAUCUGGCAACAGCUGGAUGCUACGGGACAGUGACGAAAUAAUACCAGCUGUAUCGGAUUCGUUAUAACAAUGGUAAUCGACGACUUCCAACGUGAGUGAUUUCAAUCCAGGCAAAUGGCUGGGUAUGUGAGCCAGUGCACCGGUGAUCUGCUGUACGUCGCACGAUUUCAUGGCGAGACUGAGAAGCUGUCGAGGAAGAUGCUGAACGAGAAUUGUACGUGGGCCAACGUCAAAAUAUCCAUCAAAGGUUGCAUGCUGCAGGUUUCCAAGGUGGGCCUGGAUCAGGGUGCCUAAAUGAAGGGCUUCAUCUUCUUCAAGGUCCCAAACGCCACAAUUGACAAAUAUAAGGAGGGAGGUGUAGCGGUGUCCAAUGGAAGGAAGUACUGCUGACAAGUCCGCGAAGGACAGAUAGGGAGUGUACUCGUCAAAUGCGAUGACACAACAACCAGGAGGGUCCUCUCUGAUCGCAACAUCGUCCCCACCUUGCACUUGGACCCCAAGCGGAACACCUAAAUCAAGCAAUCGUUCAUCCAUCCUCACAGCGUGACAAAAUAAAUGACAGAAUGCAUCGGCUUUGGAUUUUGGAUCCCCGAGACAAAGUCUUUGGCCCCAAUGAUGAAUCGAAUCGAAUCAAAUCGAAACAUACAAUCGAAUCGAAUCGAACUCAGAAUCAAUUCGACGUCAAUUAGUGUACCGUAGCUAGAUCUAGGGUAACUUUUCUAAGAAAUAUAAAUACCCCACCUUCUACAAUUCAUCUUCAGCUACAAGGAACCAACAACUCGGACAACCACAUCUACUAGCUAGAUAGUACCGGUAUUCAAAUCGUCUAUCUCUGGAUCGGAUACCACGGCGGUACCUGGCACUUACAGAGCCACAAACAUUUCUUGUCCCAGGGAGACCUACUAUUAAUAGUAUAAGAGUGGGCAAAGCUAAAGGGGCCUAGGCUUGAAGAAAUGAAUAAGGGGUACACAAUUUUUGUGCAGUUGUUAAUCUAUUGCAAAACUAGCGCCUCAGAAGGUCCCCCAUUUGCUGCCACGGCAGUUGUAUGGGAGCCAUGAAAUGACCAAAUUUUACUCUUUUAGGCUUUUUGAUUGUCGACAAAGGUAUUGGACUGGAACUUGAUUCUUAGCAUUAGAGUUUAUUAGAGUGACAACUGUGGUAUGGCGGUAGAUGGUAAGCCCCGCUAUGGGCAAUUUAGGGUUGGCUAACCACAUAGACUACGUACACAGGAUGCUCAGCAAGUUGAAAGGGCCGGAAAUCACGAUUUUAUGAAUCCAACCAAAUUGAUCAAUUCGAAACCUAAAUAUAAAACCGAAACCUAAAUAUAUAAUCGAGACCUAAAUAUAAAAUCGAAACCAAAUUACUAUGGUAAUUAACUAGUAAAAUCAAGCCGAAACCAAAAUAUAAGAUCGAAACCUAAAUAUAAAACCGA